AUGAGAAAAGGGAAACCGAGGCAUGUGCCAAUGUUUUUAAGAAGUGAAAAUAAAAAAGUAUUUUUUACGUUUUUUUCAUAUUUUAUGUCAAAAAAUGACCUAGAUAUCAUUUUUGAGCAUUAUGAUAUUGGAUUAAUUAUUCUUACCAAAAUUCACAAUAUAAGAAAAAAAUUUGAAGAUGAAAAAAAUAAUGUGCAAAAGAAUGAUAAUAAUCUGAAUGUAGAAGAAGCAGAAAUAUUUGAAGAGAAAGUAAGAGCUUUUUUCUUAAACUAUAAUAUAGAUCCUCCAAUUAUACAAAAUGACAACAUACAAAAUGAAGCAAAAUAUAAAAAUGAAAACAAAAAUAAAAAUUCUACAAAUGCAGAAAAUAAUCAGGAAAAACAAAAAAAAUCAAAUGUUACGGAAAAUAAUUCCCUUAAAUUCAUCGCAAAGACAGAGAAAAAAAAACGUUCAUGUCAUAAUAAGGAACAACAUCAUGUAAUUGAAAGUGCAAAUAAAAAUGUUGAUCAUUCCAUUGAUACACAGAUUGUCACACAAUGCUCAAAUGUAACCCUACCAGCACAGAUAAAAAAUCCUCAUGAAAUAAUACACGACGAAAGUAUGAACAAAAAUACCUUAAAAUCUAUAGAAAAUAUAGAUAAUCAUGAAGCAAUUUUAAAAAAUAUAAAAUUCAAAGUAGAAAAAUGCAAUGAUGAAAAUCCAAUAUGCCUUGAAGAGCAAUGUGAACAGCUGUAUAACAGAAGCAUUAGUAGCAUUACCUCAAUGAGCUUAAAUAACAACAUUCCACCUAAACCGAACAUUUUAAAUAUUUCUAACAAGAAAUGUAUAGAACUAAAAAAAAAAAAUGUACAAGAAAUAGAAAAUUCUAUCAAAGUGGAGAGAAAUGAUAAGAAUCAAAUGAGGAAAGAAGUAAUGUGCGAGAAUGUAGAAACACAGCAGUAUCAAAACAAAGAAAAAGAGAAACGAAAAUUUAAAAAUACUAAAAAGGGCAAGGAAUCAAAAAUGGGAAAGCAACAAGAUGAACAUCCAAGCAGAAUACAAAUCCUGAUGGUAGAGGUUAAAAGAGAGAAUAUGAGAAAUGAAACCAACAUGGAUGAAGAUGAUAAAAAUGGUGGAGAAACAAGUUAUACUGGGAAAAAUCAUGCAAUCGAAAAUCAGACAAAAAAAUGUCACUAUAAUGAAAACAUAAAAUCAAGGAGAGAGUCAGAAGACAUUAUUUUCCCUGCACGAAAAAAAAACGAAACAUACAAAAAAUUCAGCAAAAGAAUUAACAGAAGAAGAAUGAACGAAUUUAUGGAUUCCCCUGAUGAAUACUGUUUUUACAUUACCGAUCUGUGUAAAAAGGGCACUAUGCUUUCUUUGAAAAAAAAUGAGUUAGCACACGAUAAGAAAAGCAAAUAUAAAUUUUCCUUUUAUCCAAAAUUUAUGGAAUCAUUUGCAUCCAACGAAUACAUUCCAUUUAAUAGGGAAUUACAACCAUUAAACAAUAUGCGCAUUGAUUUAAGUUUAUUUAGACAAAUAAAUGAAAAUGCACGUAUCCCAAGUAAUCUUAACGAAUUAAAUUCUAUAGAGAAUUGCAAAGAAAAGAGUCUGUUUGGUUCAUUUAUACCAUUUAAUGAAUGUGAUAUAUUUCAAAAUUGCUACGGAGAAGAUGACAAUCAUGUGCAUAACCAUACCUAUACUCUUGAUAAUGUAGACAACAUUAUAUAUAACACAUGUGAUUACUCAACCAGUAUGAAUUUACAAAAUGACGUUUUUGACAUAAACACACAAUAUAUCACAUCUAGUGUAAAAAAUUCUGGCAAUCAAAACGAGACAGACAUUCUCAAUUUGAACAAUGUGAACGAAAGCGACAAAGAUGAAAAAGAUGAAAAAGAUGACAAAGAUAUUAUAAUCGAAAUAAAAGAUAAAGAAUGCUGUUACCACCCUCCUACUAAUAAAUGCAUUAAUGAAACUACCAUUAUCAAUAACCAAAAUAAUGCAUCUAUAAAAUUAAAGAUCGACAAAUAUAACUGCCAAUGUAAGGAUCAAUAUAUUUUUCAAAAUAAUAAAAUAAAUCAAUUAGAAAAUAUCACAAAAAAGAAACCCACAACUGGGGGGAAAUAUAGAGAAAAAGAAGAUGAAGAAGAAGAGGAAGAAAACAAAAAAAAAAAAGAAGAAACCAACUUAAUUAGUUACAUAAUAAAUAUGGUAAAAAGUGAACCUACACACACUAUUAUUGAUGGGCAGAAUAAAUUACACAAUCAGGGUGAUAGUAAUUUAUGUACAAAUUCUUACAAUGGGGCACUAAUAAAUGACUACAAGAAUCAAAAUAUUGAUUGCACAAAUAUGGGUUUGGAAAAUAAUAUCUUACACAAUAACAAAUGUGUAAAUAAUGCAUACCCAUCAUAUGUUCAUAACUCGAAUUAUAAAGGAAAUAGCAUGCUAAAUAACUACCUAAACAGCAACAACUUUGAGAACUAUUUAAUGAACUCGAACAGUGUAAAUUGCAAUAUAAAAAAUAUGAGUCUUAAUUCAAAUAACAGCACGUUAACAAAUAUGUAUAAUUGUUCAGAUAUGAAGACACUCAGUGAAAAUUCAUAUUUUACAAAUAGCGAUAAUUAUUAUUUCAAUAAAGAUAGUAUUAGCAUUAUGGCCGAUAGAAAUAUCUUUAAUGAUAAUACCAUUUCAAGCUGCAACUUAAACGUUAACUAUUUUAAAAACGACACAUUUAAUAUAAGAAAAAGUUUUUCUCAUAAUAACUACUAUCAUAAUUUAAACCCAUAUUGUAUUUUCAAGUAUAAUAACGAUGAUAAUAUGACCAUCCAAAAUUAUUAUAAAAAUAGUUAUACGAGGAUGAAUAACAGAAGCAAUAGUUAUACAAAUGGAAGAAUAACAAAUAGUGCUAUUCAUUUCUUGGAUCAAAGACAUAUAAACAUUUUUGCAAAAAGUUAUAUGAAACAUAAUUUUAUUGAAAAUAAUUUAACUAAUAAUAACAGUUCAUCAUCUAUGUAUAAUCAUGUUGACCAUACAAACUAUCCGUCAAACGGUAUAAAUACAAAGUCAUGUAUUAAUGAGCAUAGUACUAAUCACCUCAUCAAUAUGCAAAACAAAGACAAAAAUGAAUUCACAUAUCAAAAUUCAUCCAUUACAAAUCUUAAUCAUUUGCUAAAUGUAUCAUAUCACAAUAAUACUAAUAACAUUAGUACAAUCACGCAUAAUGAGAUUUUCUCUGAUCUAAAACAAAAUUAUUUUGAAAAUCAAAUAAUAAAUUCAGCGAAUAUUAUAACCAAUUUUCAAAGCAUGCGUGAACAAGAAAUAAAUAAAAUCCAAGCCCUCCUACCUAAUAGACCAAAUGAAAAAAAAUGUUCUUUUAAAAUGGAAAUAUCACCAUUUGACGAACCCUCAAGACUCCACAGUAUUCCCUUCAAUAAACAUAGUGAUGAAUUAUCCCUUAUAAACGAAAAUAGUGGUGAACGUAAUGAUGGAAAAAGUGGUUCAUUCAAUAGAGAAUUCAGAAGGGAUUUCUAUAGUCGACACAACGAUAGUGCCAAUUUAGAUUACCUAAAAAAGGUUAAACAAGAAAUGGAAAACCAAGCAACAGAAUUGGAAGAAAAACAGAAAGAAGAACAAAAAGAGGUAGUAGAAAAUUUUACCCAUUCGCAUCAUAUCGACUGUAAGGAAAAGAUCACGCAAGCAGGUGGCCCUAAUAAUAAUCUGUUAACAACACAAGGGGAUUCAAAGAGCCAUACUACCCAUCGUAGCGAAUAUAAUUAUGUAGAUCUAUGCAAAACCAAUAACGAAGAAAAUUAUCAAAACAUAGGACUAAAUUAUUUAUUGAUGAAUUCAACAAACACAGGAGAAGAUAAAGAAUCAAAUAUUUCAGUUCAACCUAUUCAUAUGCAGCAGGAAGAUCAAACAAACUAUCCUUUCGAUGAUAAAAAUAUGCUGUUAUAUAACAACACAUUAAAUUUCGUAAAACAUGAGGAGAUGGAUUUGUACGAGACUAAUUUAAGAGAAAUAAAUAGGCAAGAAAUCAAAUUAGAGAAUGGAAUCGAUCAAUUGUUCCCCACUAAUGCUGAUCACACGGAAGAGCUUUAUCAACAGCAUUAUCAGCAUUACCACCAACAGAAUUUCCAUUCGGACCAUCCACAAUUUUCGAUAAAAAAACAAAAUGAACUAUGCAACCAAAAUAGGAAUAUUUUCCAUGAUUUGUCGAACCAAGAAGGUAGUAUAAAAUUGGAAAACCAUAAUAUUCACCUAUACAAGUAUCAACAGAAUGAUAAUAAAAAUGUAGAAAAAACGAAAAUUAGUAAUAACGAUCGAAUUCAGCUUACUCCACCAAUAUGUCAUCCUAACUGUCCACCUUAUCAACUAAUAUGUGAAAAACAUCUUGAAGACAAAAAUGAGUUUAAUAAAAUACGAGAAGAAAUAAAAAAUACUCAAAACUAUAGUCGUGAGAUAUAUAAUAACAUAUUACAUAGUAAUAAUACAACUAACGACAUUUUUGAUACAAAUAUCUUUGAAAACAUACAUGAAAGUAGAAUCGAGAACAUAAAUGAAACAUCACAACCAUUAUCAUUAGAGAAAAAAGAUGAAAUGAGUAAACGUUUGUUUUUAAUCAAUCAUGAUAAUGAUAAUCAAAACAGAAUAAAAUAUAAACUAAAUACUGUAAAUUGUUUUAAAGUCCCCAAUUCGUAUUAUAACAAUGAAGAAGAAUAUAAUAAAGUUAAGAAUAUUAACAGAAUGUUAGUUCAAAAUAGUGAAAAUUACAUUUUAACAAAACAAGAAUUUUGCAGUGAUUCCAACUCGGACAAUAUAAACUUACAACCAUAUGAUAUGAAUCAUUUUCCAAUUUCUGUACCAAAUGAUGAACAAGAUGAAUUUCUCAUAAACGGAAAUACUAAUGUAGACACCAUAAAAAACAAAAUUAGUAGCAAUGGAAAUAACAACCACAAUCUUCAGCAUAUUAAAAGAACAACCAGUAAUACAAUAAACACUAUAAAUAAUAUAAACACUAUCAGUACGAUCAAAAAGAUAAACAACAUGAAUAUCCAUACCAACAACAUUUUAAACAAAAGAUUGAACAAAAGUGAAAAUCAAACCAGUAACUUCAACUACGCACGAAAUGAAAACACAAAUGCUAGUAAAUAUAUGAUAAACAACCAUUUCAAUGCUGUAGAUCAAUUACAACAUUACACAGACAAUACUGUGAUAACUCAAAAUUGUCCACAAAUGGGGGAUCAACAUAAUGAAAAUAAAUUCCUGUGUUUCAAAAAUAAAAACGAUUUUGAACAUAACAAUAUAGCACUAAUGACGAAUGUACAAAAUGAUAAUUACAACAAUAGAACUAAUACGAAUAUGGAAAAUAUAAAUUUUAUGGAUUCUCAUCAUAUAUUCGAAUUACAAAAUGAUGCUAAUAAUAAUUACAUACCUUAUCAAUUGAAUGAGGGGAACAGUUAUAAUGAACAUUUGAAUACCCAACUCUCCUGCUGUGAGGGAAAAUUAGAAAAUGCUAAUCCCUUUACUGAUGAAGAUGUAAUUAAUAUGUAUAACAAUUUUUACAUAGAAAAUUAUCAUAUAGAUAAUAACUAUAAUGAACAAAAUCAUGGAAAUACAUAUGAACAGAACGUAAUUAAUCAUUUUAAAAGAAACCCUAUGGAAAGCUCAUUCGAAUUCUACAGCGCUUCGAAUAUGUACACAGAAGAAACUGACAUGAUUCACGGACUCAGAUGUAGAUAUGUAAAUACGAAUAACAACAACUCAUUCCUUAUUAGGGAAAAUCUCAUGAACAAUGUUAUUAACACAAGUUUUAACCACACUAUUUUAAACGAAUGUGAUGAAUCUAAAAACAAUGUUAUAAAUAAUAAUAACGACAACAUUGAUAAUAGCACUCCAAACAGAAAUCAAUUUAACAAUAAAUACAAUAAUGAUAGGGAUAUCAUAAUCCAAAUGCCAAUAUUCUUAAAAGAGGCUAUGAACAAUAUGUAUAACCAACAUACUGGGGAUAAUACCAUACAAAACUUAAGCGAAAAUGAUUUAAUAAAAUUCGAAACUACAAUAAAUAACAAUUUUAACAAAAUAAACGAUAAUUUUCUGUCAACACAGAUAGACACAAAUAACAACCUGUACAACAGUAUUCAAAAUAGAAUUAUGAAGAGUAAUCCUUUAUUCGAUUUUUUUCAAAAAGAAAAAUAUGAUAAUUAUAAAAUGAAUGAUAGUCUAACAUAUGCUGAUUCGCAUAAUUAUUACAUGAACGUCAUUAAUAACAAAAGACAUAUGUAUAGCUUCAAUCUUAGCGGCACAUCUGAAACUAUAAGUUUGAACAAUAUAAGAAACACGUGUAAUUUUCACACAAGGGAUGAUAUUACAAAUAUUUUUGGCAACAGUGUAAGAACUACAAAAAGGGACCAUCUCGUGGAUCAUAAUAUUUCCACAUACAAUAAUUCCACGCACAAUAACUCCACUGUACACAGUUUUCAUCCGAAUUAUAAUGGCGUAAAUAGUGCUGAGAAUGUAAUGCAUAUGAAAAAUAUACCAAAAAAUGACAACUUCCCUAGUAUAAGUGGUAACUUUACAAGAAACUGCAGCAGCUGUGUAGACUAUCAAAAAAGUAAUAUGAACCAUUACAGAAAUAAUGUUACCAAUUACAGCCAUUGUAGUAAUUAUUAUAAAAAUAUACCGUUCGGAAAAUGCAGUUUAGUGAAAGUGCAAAGUGGAAACAUAGAAAAAGAUAAUUACACUAAUGAAAUUUUCAGUUUUGCGAACGAAACGCAUGUUUACACAAAUAAUGAUAAUCGAACUAAUAAUUGUUUAAAUCAAUUAUAUAAUAAUCAUGUGAAUGGUGAAUGUACUAUCAAAUUCAAUGAGACAAAUAGGGUUUUCACGGAUACAUGUAAAAAUAGAAAUGAAGAAUGCAUUAUACAUCCAUACAAUAUAGAAAAUAAUAUACAUCCCUACAAUAUAAAAAAUAAUAUACAUCCCUACAGCAUAGAAAAUAAUAUACAUCCCUACAGCAUAGAAAAUAAUAUACAUUCCUACAGCAUAGAAAAUAAUAUACAUCCCUACAGCAUAGAAAAUAAUAUACAUCCCUACAGCAUAGAAAAUAAUAUACAUCCCUACAGCAUAGAAAAUAAUAUACAUCCAUACAGCAUAGAAAAUAAUAUACAUCCAUACAGCAUAGAAAAUAAUAUACAUCCAUACAGCAUAGAAAAUAAUAUACAUUCCUACAGCAUAGAAAAUAAUAUACAUCCCUACAGCAUAGAAAACAAUAUACAUCCAUACAGCAUAGAAAAUAAUAUACAUCCAUACAGCAUAGAAAAUAAUAUACAUCAUUGCAGCAUAAAAAAUAAUACACAUCCGUACGGCAUAGAAAAUAUUGAUUUCCAGAAUAUCAUAAAUAACUUCAGUCAGUAUAGUGACAAUUAUAAUUUUAUUUACCCACUAAAUUACAACUCAAUUUUACCAAAUGAAGAAAAUUAUUACGCAAGUGGUGGUAGCUACGGCUUUAACAUUAUCAGCAGAAACUAUGGCGAAAAAAAUGCUUGGGGUUCCAAAAAUCCAUAUUUUAGCAUAAACAAAAUUUUCAAUUCUGAACAACCAAAAAGUCUUGUUGGAUAUGACAUGAUUGACGAAAUGGACACACAUACAAGUUACUCAAAAAAUGAUUAUCUUAAUCAUUGUUAUUAUCAAAAUACUAGUAUGAAAAUAAAAAACAACACAUUUUUAAAUAAUUUACAAGAUAUCAACACUUUUGACAAGUAUAAAAAUGGACACCCUUCUAUGUUUUACUCAGAGAGGGGUAAAAACAAUACUACAUUUGAUCACAGCUUUCAUGCAGACGCUGAUGAUAAUACUAGCAUUAUCAAUAUGUACAAUAACGCAAAUGAUGUCACAAAUAAUCACCUUUUAAACUACAAACAACAAGAACAUAAUAAUGUAAACAAUUUAAAUGCCCUGGGAAACAGUUUAAUUAACAUGGUUGCACUAAAACAUAUGUAUAUUUUGCGUGAUAAAUUACAUAAAACGGCAGAUUUUAAAGAAGAAAAAUUUAUAAAUGGAAUACCCACAAAAUUUUGUAAUAAUGGAAUUUAUAACAAUUGCUAUACAAAUAAAAGAAUCAUCUCAACCUAUAUAAAUGAUAUAAAUAAACUUAUAACCCAAGAAAACGAAAAUGAGCAAAUGAUGGAAAAAUUAAACCAUUUCAUGCAUAUCACAAAUAAAAUUAACAAUAAAAACACCACCGAUAUUUUAAGCACUUAUUUAGGUAGCACAAUCAACCAUCAUCAUGGACAGAAUAAUAAUAACAUCGGAUUUUCUCCAUACCAAAAAUUGUUAAGUAACAUUUUAUGCAAUGAUACCAAUUCUCUUAGUAUAGAAAAUUUAUAUUAUGAUACGAUUAAUAUGAAUUUUUUGAGGAAUUAUAAUUACAAUGCAUACAUGUAUUUGUUUUAUUUAUAUAAGCUAAAUGAAUACUCUAAUUUUUUCAUCAACCAAAAUGUACCAGUUGGUGUAGAUGAUACAUCUAGUAGUAACAUGUUUCCUACUGAAAAUGUAUUGGAAUUGCACAAACUAUAUUCCAAAUCCUGUAACACUGAUCAUAAUAAUAUCAGCAAUAACGAUACAGAUAGUAAUCAUAUAAAAGACAAUUCGACUGAACAUACCCAAACUAGCGGUAAUUCCAUAAAUGUAGAAUGUGAAAAAUGCUCCACUGCUGGGAACAAGCAUUAUAACCAGAAUAAUCCAAAUAUUUCGGAAAAUAUGAGAGAUGACUCUUUUAGUAUAUCCUUUGACAACACUAAGCAUGAUAACACCAAUAAUUAUAGAGAACCACGAAACCGAAGCAGUAACAAAUUUUUAAAUAUAAACUCCUUCAAAAGUGUAAGUGACGAAAUUAUUAAGCACAUUGAACAUUAUCAUAACCAGCUAGCCUGUAUUAACAGCCUUAAGGAAAAAUUACUUAAUUGUAAUGCACAUAAUAACACACAAAAUAAAAACCAUACAACUAACAACUCUUCCAAUCUAUCAAAUGAUAAAGUAUCAAAUGAUAACACAUUAAGUGAUAAUCCAUUUUAUCUAAAUUUAUUAAAUAAUGUUUUCUCUACACAGUACAAUAAUUAUAGUAGCCAAAAUUUGAACAAAUUUAAUAAGAUGAUAUCUGAUGAAAACAAUAAUGACCACAUAAGCAAUAAUAUUAAUAAUUCCUCUAACAAAUUAAAGAACAUUUUUCUAAAUGAAAAUUUAAUACAAAAUAUCUAUAACCAUGACCACAUUCCUCUAAUAGAUUAUUAUAACUUUCAGUUGUUGCUAAAGUAUAUAAAGGAACAACAGGUCUAUAAUUCGUCAAACAGAACCCACGCAAAUACGAAUACCUGCAAAAGCGAUAAAAACAGGGAUACAGCCGAAAACAACGGAAACAGCUACAGAAAUAACAGCGAUGACAGCAACAACAACUGCAAUAAUAAUAAUAAUAAUAGUAAUGAGGAUGCUGGCAGCAAAAACAGAGGUCAUGGCAAGAAUAAUCCCCCAAGUGACGAGAAAAUUAUUGGAAAAACUAAUAUGAAAGAUCAUAAUCCAAAAAAUCCUAAAAAGCAAAGUUAUUCCAUAUCCUCCUUAGGGUUCAGCAAUAGAAGCAAGAGAUGGACCAUAUGCCCCUCCUACGUCUGCUGCAACAGUGCUUUGUGUAGAUUCAAACUAACUUGCAACUUCAAGUUUUUACAAUUUAACCAAGAUUACAACGCGUUUAAUACUCCAUAUGCAAUAUACAACUGUUACAAAAAUAUUAUGAACAAACAUAACUACUUCACUUCUACAUUGUGCCCACAGCAGACUUACUUAUCGAAACAUUCAGCACAGGAACAUGAAACCAUAUUUAACGUUUACUGGCAUUUGUUGAACAAGGAAAAAUACAAAUACAUACAAAACAUCAUACUAUUUUUAGACAGCAAUUUAUACACAAGAGCAGUGUGGUUACUAAAAAAGGGCUAUAGCAUGGAUGAUUUUGAGGUCCAGAAGGCAGAAAGGAAAUUAAUAAAGCUAAUGAUUUUAGUAUUUAAAUUUACCCACGAUUACAAGAAUGACAGUGGGAAAUACGAGCACAUCAAGGCAUUCUUAUAUUCUCUUAAAAAUAGCCAUAUCAAUUUUGAACUUAUGAAUCGUUUCCUAUUUUAUUGA